AUAAGCCUCAAGUGCGGGUUUCUCAGAACUACCCGGUGCAAGGCCUCACGAGGGAAGGGGAGCCGCUGGAGCUGAUGUGCGCCGCUUUCGGAAAACCACAGCCUACGGACAUGAGGUGGUUAAGAGUAGAUGAUGAGAUGCCUCAACACGUUGUAGUGUCUGGUUCAAACCUUCUCAUUAGUAACCUAAACAAAACAGAUAAUGGUACAUACCGCUGUGAGGCUUCAAACGCGGUGGGGAAAUCACAUGCGGAUUACAUGCUGUUUGUAUACGAUCCCCCCACAACUAUCCCUCCUCCCACAACAACCACCACCACUACCACCACCAUCCCUACCACCAUCACAGACACAACGGCGACGACAGAACCGGCAGUUCACGGCUUUACUCAGUUGCCCAAUUCGGCAGAGGAGCUGGACUAUGGGGACCUCUCAGAUUCUCGUGCAGGUGAGGAAGGGGCGAUACGGAGCGUGGACCACGCGGUGGUCGGUGGCGUCGUGGCCGUGGUCGUGUUUGCCAUGCUUUGCCUGCUCAUCAUUUUAGGGCGAUACUUUGCCAGACAUAAAGGUACGUACUUCACCCACGAAGCCAAAGGAGCGGAUGAUGCGGCCGACGCAGACACAGCCAUCAUCAACGCAGAAGGAGGACAGAACAACUCCGAGGAAAAGAAAGAGUACUUCAUCUAG